AUGAUAUAUUUUGGUUUUGUAUUCACUUUUGCGUUCGUCGUAAUAUUGUCUCCACAAGCAAUUGCUCAAGGAGAAAAUGACAUCAAACGAGGAACUUAUCCUUAUAUGGCAUUUGUUUACUAUCUAGACAAUACAAUAGUGGAUGAGUCUGGUGCCCGCUUCCUGCAAAGCGCGUUCCUCAUUCGUCUUGACUGGUUGGUCACAUCGUCGAUUGACGUCAGCAGUCCAGAUAACAAUGUCGUGGGAUUUCCAACUAAAACAUUACUAGCCAGAGUUGGUGCUGUCACUAUUGAUACUAAUUUCACCCUUAACGAAGAUGAAGAUGAACAGGAACAAGAGAUUAUUCAAGUGGUUCGACCGUCCAAUCACAAUGCAUCUGAAUGGUGGCGCACUGACAUUUCCCUGCUAAAGACGAUAUUUCCAUUCAAAAUCACUACUGCUGUUAAUAGUGCGUAUUUUCAUUUGAAGAUGGAAACCUUUAACAAGCCUUGUUUCAUUCUAAUUUUCAUCAAGGAGUCUGGUAAUUUUUCCGACGACAAAGUACUCAAACGGACUUCAGUCGAGCUUCAAAUACCAUCGACAAAAGAAAUUUGCGGAGCACGAUUUACUGAAAAUUCUAUGGUUUGCGCUGUUGAAAACGAUGAAUACAAAAACAACACUGUGCAAGAUUUUUGCCUUGGUAAUAGUGGCGGACCGCUAAUAUGUCACAACGAAGUAGUAGGAGUGCAAACCUAUGCUGAACUGAACUGUAACCCACCAUACCUCUAUCAAUUAUUAAACCAAUGGGAAAACUUUAUAUCUUGUGGAACAGAUGACAAAUGUCAUGAAAAAGAAUGCAGUAAGCAUUGUGUUUCAUUUCAUAAAGAUGUGAAGACUGAACAAAAUAAACCUACUUUAACGGCAAGAAUCGAUUAUCCUAAGUCUACAGAAAAAACAUUUGAGAAUAUAACAGCUACAUCAGCUCUGCCGGAAACAGUCACCGAAGAAGGUGAAAUUGAAAUGACACCGACAUUAACCACAGAAGCGACAACAACAGAAGUAAAUACAACCACGAGGAUUACUUUACCAACAUCAGUAGGUAGAGCAACUACAAAAACAAGUAAUAUGAAAGAUGAAAUUCGAGCAGACUCAACUGAAAAUCUCAGAAAUAGUCGAAAAAGGUUAGAGCAUGUCGAGGAAGAGGCUAAAAGAAAAGUAAACGUGGAAGCUCAAAAAGAAGAUAAAGAUCACAAAGAGACAAAGAUUGUUAAACUGAGUAGUGCAGCAGACAGGAACAGUGCUAUUCAUUGUUAUCUGUUUGGAUUAAUGUUUUGGCAUUUUAUUUAG